AUGUUAAAUUUAUUAAUUUUUAUGUUUGGGUUAUUCUUCUAUUUAACCAAACAAGAUGCAGUAGGUGUUUUGUGGUCAAAUACACACAUUACUGAGACAGCUGGAUCAAUCUCAUCCGCACAUAUAUCCCAGGAACAACAUUCUGUUCCGAUCGCAACUCAACCCGGACAAAAUUAUGACUGCAACUCCAGAGAUUUAGAGACUCAGAUUUGUCAUUUUGAUAACAAAUCAUGCACUUAUGAAACUUCUGCCGGAAGCAGAAUCGGUUUCCGGUGGGUUCUGCAAGAUAGAGCAAAUAGUGCCAAAUUCCCGCCAGUUUCCAGUCUGUCAGGUACAUACGCAUACAUGGAUGUCAGCAAUCCACAUAUCCCGUCCCAAGCUACAGCAACGAUCAGCGUUGGUCUGCGAGCAGUCUUUCCUCAGGUCGUCUGUAUUGAGUUUCACUAUGCAACAGUUGGCAAUGCCAGUCACACUCUUCGUGUGUUCACUGGACGUGGCGACGAUGAAGCUUCAAGAGAUGUACGUGUUCUUGUUGGUCAGCUUGAAGAAGUGAGCACGGGAGGCAACUGGGCAGUGGCAAAUCUUGUGGCAUGUCUGACGGCUUCCUUU